AUGUUUGCCAUCCGCGCCCCUCAAAAGCAAUCAAACGGCCCGAAAACCGAAAGCUCGACAGAAUGUUACACCCCGAAUAUCCUCCCCUGCCGUAUUCACUACGACGGACCGGUGGACUCUCUCCAACGUUACUGGGCCCCGACAGCCGACAAUGAAGACGGAAACCUACAAACAUCCCACUUCCGCGGACGCAAACUACGCGGUAGACGUGUCGCGAUCCCCGAAGGCUACCAAGGCGUGGUAGCAAUGCCAACAGAGCGUGUCCUUCCUUCGCAAACGAACAACAGUGGUAUGGUAAACGAUGCUCAGAUGGAGCUGGAAGAGCCGGUCAAGGUUCUUGAGAAGCAGGGCACUUUUGAUGAAUUCGUGGUAUGGAAGCAUGAUGAAGUGCCGGGUGUUGAUGAUGUUUAUGUGAAGGGCGUUGAAGAGUGGUUGAAAUUGGCUGAGGUGAUGCAUUCGAGCGAACCGUCGACCGAGGAGUCUCAGAAGACAGUGCCUACUUAG